GGGGCAUUUCAGCAGGGAGAUUUACACCAGAAAUGACUGGAUUUGUGGGUGCAACAGGAAGGAUGACCUUUUCUGCUUUCUUUGCAUACUUUUCGGCGGUAGGUGUUUCAGAUUUAGUGCUCCUGAGCGAAAAAAUUAAGAAGCAUGAAAACUCUAAGACACAUCUUCAUAAUUCGAUGGAAUUGGCUUUAUUGGGGACUGUUAACAUCAGAGCUAAGUUAGAUUCAGCAUAUUGGAGAAAUAUACAACAGUAUAAUGAUACCGUUACAAAAAACAGAAAUAAAAUUGAUGACAUAAUAAAUGAAGCCAAACGUAUUUGCACUGAACCCCAAGGCAACAAAAGGAGAAGACGUAAUAAUAGCAGUCACGAUCACCGAGUUGCCGCAUUAGAAGUAUACGACAAUGUAAUUUCAAUUAAAAAUCAUUUGGUAGCCGCAUCCCUUAUUUUCCCCGAACACUUUGGAGAAUACUGUGGUAAGUUUCCUGAUGAGAAGUUGGAAACUACCUGCUUGGCUUAUUCCGAAUUAGAAAAAAGUCGUUUAAAGACAGAGUUGUUUGUAAUUUAUGCACGGAAUGAUUGCCGUGAUUUACAUGGAACUCUGUCUCUUUUGGAAUUUUUGAUACAAAAUAGUAGAAGAAACAAAAAAGCUAUUAGGAAUUAUUGUUACAACUCCUAUGUCAACAUCAGAGGCUGA